AUGCUGCCUAGAGCAGUCUCGAAGUGCUGGCGCCCAGCGCUGUACUCACAUCCGCGCACCGCCGGUCGUUUCCCACGCACGAGACCAAUUCCCACUCAACUACGCACAUUUAGCUUCAAUGCUGCGCGCCGAAAUCAACCUACAAACAAUAAAGACCCUCUACCCAAGAAUGAUGCUGUCGCGAGUACCCCGCCUUCGCAACCGGAGAUAGCGAAUGCCUCUGUGGUUCCGCAGCUGGAGGCAGAAGCGGAGGUUAAGGCCCCCAAGAAGGAAUUGCUUAAUGAGGGGGCGAUUGCGAAUAAGGAGCAGCGAAAGGCUGACUGGGCUAUUAUGCGGGAAAUGGCCAAAUACCUUUGGCCUAAGGAUGAUUUGGGCACGAAGGUUCGUGUUGGAACUGCUUUAUCAUUGUUGGUGGGAGCAAAGAUCCUCAAUGUCGAGGUCCCCUUCUACUUCAAGAGCAUUGUUGAUUCCAUGAACGUGGACUUUGCGACUCUUGGAGGAACCGCAUAUACAGUCGCAGGAUCGAUGAUUAUAGCAUACGGAGUAACUCGAAUCGGAGCAACACUAUUCCAAGAACUUCGAAACGCAGUCUUUGCGAGUGUGGCACAGAAAGCCAUUCGAAAAGUGGCCCGCAAUGUCUUCGACCAUCUUCUACGGCUUGAUCUUAACUUCCACCUCUCGCGCCAGACAGGUGGACUGACUCGGGCUAUUGAUCGCGGUACGAAGGGUAUCAGUUUCCUGUUGACUUCUAUGGUCUUCCACGUAGUACCGACUGCACUAGAGAUCUCUUUGGUGUGCGGAAUUCUGACUUACCAAUAUGGUUGGAAGUUUGCGGCGAUCACCACCACCACUAUGGUCGCUUACACGGCAUUCACCAUCACCACUACCGCGUGGCGAACCAAGUUCCGCCGUCAGGCUAAUGCGGCUGACAACCGCGGAGCUACGGUGGCAGUCGACUCACUGAUCAACUACGAGGCCGUGAAGUACUUCAACAAUGAGAAGUUCGAGGUGGCUCGGUAUGACAAGGCCCUGAAGCACUACGAGGAUGCAUCCAUCAAGGUGACCACAUCCCUGGCCCUCUUGAACUCCGGCCAGAAUAUGAUAUUCUCGACAGCAUUGGCAGCCAUGAUGUACCUAGCCGCCGAUGGGGUCGCCACAGGCGCCUUAUCAGUUGGUGAUCUCGUCAUGGUAAACCAACUCGUCUUCCAGCUCUCGGUGCCCCUUAAUUUCCUUGGAUCCGUCUACCGUGAACUACGUCAAUCUCUGCUGGAUAUGGAGACCCUGUUCAAUCUGCAAAAAGUCAACGUGACGAUCCAGGAACGACCAAACGCUAAACCGCUGGAACUAAAGCGCGGUGGAGAGAUUCGCUUCGAAAACGUCACAUUCGGCUACCACCCCGACCGACCGAUCCUGAAGAAUGCUACCUUCACCAUCCCAGCCGGAUCAAAGUUCGCCAUCGUAGGCCCCAGCGGCUGCGGAAAGUCGACAAUCCUCCGCCUCCUGUUCCGCUUCUACGAUACCCAGUCGGGCCGGAUCCUGAUCGACGGGCAGGACGUGCGGGACGUGACACUCGAGAGCCUCCGGAAGGCCAUCGGCGUAGUGCCACAGGAUACGCCCCUCUUCAACGAUACGAUCGCACACAACAUCCGAUACGGUCGGAUCGAUGCAACAGACGAAGAGGUGCAGCGGGCCGCUGAGCGUGCCCGGAUUCACCAGCUGAUCGAGGGAUUGCCUGAAGGCUACCAGACAGCGGUCGGAGAACGUGGAAUGAUGAUCUCGGGCGGCGAGAAGCAGCGUCUAGCGAUUUCCCGUUUAAUCCUGAAAGACCCGCAACUUCUAUUCUUUGAUGAGGCUACUUCUGCCCUUGACACAUACACGGAACAGGCCUUGCUUCAGAACAUCAAUAGUAUUCUGAAGGAUAGGAGCCGGACGAGUGUGUUUGUUGCGCACCGUUUGCGUACCAUCUGUGAUAGUGAUCAGAUUUUGGUGCUGAAGGAUGGCGAGGUCGCGGAGACGGGAUCACACCGGGAACUCCUCGAGUUAAACGGUGUCUAUGCGGAAUUAUGGAACGUGCAAGAACGCACGCAGGACGAGGAGGAAGAGCCAACGCCUCAACAACCCUAG